AUGAGUAUAGUAACUUUUUUAUACAACCAUCACCACCCUAAACAGCAGCAACAGCAGCAGGAGCAGCAGGAGCAGCAGCAGGAGCAGCAGGAGCAGCAGCAGGAGGAGGAGGAGGAGGAGGAGGAGCUUACGCGUAUAUCUAUAGGAGGAGGACCCAUUGGUUCUGCUGCUCUUGCUCCUCUUUUUCCUCUUCUUGCUGCUCCUCCUGCUCCUCCUGCUGCAGCAGCAGCAGCAGCAGCAGCAGGAGAAGAAGGAGAAAAAGAAGGAGAAAAAGAAGAGGGAUAA